AUUCACAAACUUAUCACAAGUUUUUAAUAGUUUUGAAGACUAUAUCUCUCGAAGACUACCUCAAAGACAAUGCAAUUCAAAUCAUUGAUGCUUUUGACGGUUCUAUUGGUGGCACUCAUGUUGGCUCAGGUAUCCCAUGUGAGCGCCGGCUAUCUAUACGGAGGACCCGAGUCUACACAUAAGAGUACACAACUACUGGUCAAAACAGGUAUACCUAAAUACUCCAACUGGUGGAGGGCUGCGGGUUUUCCUACCAACGAUGGGAAGUCUCCUUUUAUAUAUAUUAUUUCCGAGCCAACUGGUGGAGGGCUGCGGUUUUCUGACCUACGAUUUGGAUUCACUUUCAGACGAUUGGCGCUUAUUAUCGGUUCAACUCUUUCGGAAGAAGUCAUUGUCUAUUCGCAUAUAUUGUUGACCUUUUAUGCCACCGAAGACCAGAAGAUAUACAAAGCCUUGGAUGAGACAAAUGGUAUCUAUAGUUAA